ACACUUCCGAUAUCCUUUCAAUUCUCUCUCAAUCUAUUGAGUUUCCAACAAGAAAUUCACAUAGAUUUGACAAUUUAGCUCGCCCAUGGACAACAAUCGAGGAGGUCGUCAAGCAACCGCUGAAGAACAUGAGAUCGAGCUCGUGAAGCUGCUGUCAUUAGCUUCCAUGUCAGAAGCUAUUGAGGCAGCACCGAAAUGGUUGAAUGAAUCAACAGGCGAAAGCAGCUGUUGCAUCUUCAGAAUUCCUCAGGGAUUUGCCGGAGGAUAUGCCGAGGCAUGCCGGCCUCAAGUAGUCUCUAUUGGCCCAUACCACCAUGGAGAACCGCAGUUGCAGAUGCUUGAGCAGCACAAAUGGGGAUGCCUCCGGACCAUGCUGGACCAAACUCAACCGCACAGUGUCAGCCUCAAAGACCUCAUCGAUGUAGUGGCGCCAAAAGAGAAAAUGAUCCGGCAGUGCUACUUCGAGAGCACCGACAAUUUCAGCGGAUCUGAUCUUGUGAAAAUGAUGGUUCUCGAUGGAUGCUUCAUCAUUCAGUACCUCCGUCAAAUGGCAGGGGGCUUACGGACUAAUCCCCCAUUAAGAAAUUCAUACGUGUUAGAGUCUGUUAUGCGGGACCUUCUUCGGCUUGAGAACCAGGUCCCGUACUUUGUUCUUGAGGAUUUGUUUGAAAUGACGGAUGUUCCAAAAGGAAACUUCUCGUUGGCCAGUCUCGUCUUCCAGUUCUUCAACUUGAUCCCAGAAGUAUUUGGCAAAGUCCAGGAAAGACGGAGCAAUCAAAAAGUAGUGCAUUUACUUGAUUCAUUUCGUCUGUGCUUUAUACCUUCGGAUCAAAAAGACAUUUAUCUAGUAGACACGAGCACGUCUGAGUCUGAUUUUUUGAUCAAAUCUGCUUGCGAGCUCCGUCGAGUGGGAAUUGGAUUCAAGCAGAGGGAAGCAAGCACCAUCCUUGAGAUCAAGUUUGAUAGCAAACACAGAACCAUUGAAAUUCCAAAAAUAACAAUAGAUGGUGAUCUCAAGUGGAUCCUCUCCAAUAUGAUUGCUUUUGAACAGUGUCGUGGCCAAGAAGAUGGGCACGUAACCGCCUAUGCCGCGUUCAUGGGAUGCCUCAUUCACACUGCCGAUGAUGUACAACUUUUGCGUGACCGUAAAGUCAUCUCGAAUCAUGGCAUGAGCAACGAGGAAGUUUCACACUUCUUUGGUGACGUUUGCAAGGGCGCUGCUUUCGACAGUAAUGGGUGCUACCUAGCAUCGCACUGUGUAAUUUUAAACAAGUCUCUUAAGUAUGAAUGGGCUUAUCUUUGCUGUGCACAACUCCGAAAUGCUUUUCAUGACAACCCAUGGUCGGCUCUUUCGGGCCUAGCUGUUUUAGUGACUCUUAUAGGCAUGAUUCAAACAGUGUAUGCUGUGUUGCAAUACUAUCAUCCCAAGUAGCAUGAAGUAUAUAGAAGCUGUAUCUUCC